AUGGCCGGAGCAGGGCUGCUGCCCUCCCUGCCCACGCUGACUGUGCUCGUUCCCCUCCUGUCCCUGGCAGGCCUGUUCUACUCGGCCAGCGUAGACGAAAACUUCCCCCAGGGCUGCACCAGCACAGCCAGCCUGUGUUUCUACAGCCUGCUCCUUCCUGUUACAGUACCAGUUUAUGUGUUCUUUCACCUGUGGACCUGGAUGGGGAUUAAGCUUUUUAGGCAUAACUAGUGCAAUGCCUUUGCUAACCCCUGGGCUUCUCUAAAUCAACAUAAUUUGUUUAAUCUCAUCAAGUAUUGCAGUUCAUUUGAGAGAGUUUCCUUCUGGCACUUGUGACUGGCAUAAUUUUCCUGGUAGGAUCUGGAACUGUAUGAAGCAGCAGCCCACUGUUAACUACUGCUAAUGCAGAUGAAGAGUAGGAGUAAUAAGAAGCACUAAUUCCCUAAUUCCCUCUGUUUUAUCCUAUUAAGAGUGCUGUGCAUUUGUAGUGACACUAAUUAGAACCUUAGUUUUCAUGAGGAAGAACUGUACCCUGACCGAAUAAACGAAAUUAAAAUUAAAA